GAACCAUUUAAUCAAACGUUCCCAUCUGAAUUCAUUUCGAGUUUCUUCACUUAGACUCGACUGCAUAAAGAUGGAUCCACUUACAAUUCUCGCAGCUGCUGCAGGAGCAGUCGCAGCAGUUGUUGCAGCUCCUGUAGCAGUAUCAGCUAUAGGUUUCACAGCAGGUGGAAUUGCUGGAGGUUCGAUUGCCUCCUGGCUGAUGUCAAUAACUGCCACAGCAAAUGGAGGAGGAGUGGCAGCUGGAUCGCUGGUUUCAUUGCUUCAGGCAAUUGGUGCUGCUGGAUUUUCUGCCGCAGCUCAAACUGUUAUUGGUGCCAUAGGAGCUCUGGGUGGCGCUUUUGGGUGGAAUAUUGUUCUGUAAUGCAGGUGCUGCAGGUGAAGAGCCGCCGGGAGAGACGGUUCAUCUAUGCCUGACAUGCCCUUCGCUACAUGAUAGAAGUCAAACUAAUUCACAACUAUUAACGUACUAACUACUUUUAAAUGUCAUAUUAAUUCUCAAAUUCCUGUUCUAUAUUGUUUGCUAUUGUUAUAAAUUGUGUGGUAUAACAAAACAUUAUUUUAUCCUAAGCAAGAUAAGAUUAAAAUCUUAUUGUAAGACAAGAGUUUUUCUUAUGUUGAGAAAUUAAACUUGAAAUAUUAUUUAAA